UAGUAGGCUAUUCAUACGUAGCAAGAAUAGUCGGCGUAAAACAACAUGGCUGAGCUCACAAAUAAAUUUGAUUGCCACAUUUGUUUACAUUAUUUCACCAACCCUAAAAUUAUUGACUGUUUUCACUCCUUCUGUAAAUCCUGCCUUGAAGACUAUGUGAGGAAAUAUGUUUCAACUGGCGAAUUUCCCUGCCCACUCUGUAGAAAAAGUAUAAGAAUUCCCUUUGGCGGCGUCGACAAAUUUCCAUGCAAUUUAUGUAUUGAAGACGACAAAGAGACCUCGUCAUUUAGUUCAUGUCAACAACAUAAAAAAGAAAGGGAUCUUUACUGUAGCUUAUGUAAUAUACCCAUAUGUACCAAAUGCCUGACUUCAAGCCACCAAGGCCAUCUUUUGCGAAACGUUGAAGAUAUUGAAGAAGAAACCAGAGAAGAACUCGAAUUUGUCCAUGCUAAUUUAAAGGAAAGACUUGCUGAACUGAAAACCCUCCGGUCCAACAUAAAGAAGGAAAAAAAGAAAUUGCGCCCAUCUCUUGAGGCUGAUAUUAACAAUGUUGAUAAACAAAAAGAACAAAUUAAUCAACAUGUUGAAAAUGAAGGGAUGGAAAUCAAAUCUGAAUUAGAAGCAUCUUAUAAAAUAAGGGAACUGAGUUUGAGUCAACUGAAGAGAGAUGCGGAUGAAGCCAUAAAGAAGCUAGAAAUCCUGACAAAAGAAACACCUAGUGUUUGGUUGAAAGAUCGACUCGAAGAAAUGAUGACCAUGAUUCCUGAUGUUCGAGAAAAAAUGGCAGAGGUUAAGAGAUUAAAACUGCCAGAAGAUGCUUUGUGCCUCGUAUUUAAAGAAGGGGAGAUUCAGAAAAGGUCAUUGAGUGGAAUGCUUGGUCAGUUACAGAAUGGUAAUUCCACGGGAAGCAACACUCAGAAGAACAGGUUUUAA